AUGUCUAUUCCUUCAAAUUUUUCGUAUAAGAGUAUAUCUCUUGUACAAGCACUUCAAGAUUUGGCGGUUCGUUUUAUUAUAAAUGCUCCUCAAGAAGAUGUUGAAAAGCCUGAACGUCUUUGUUUUCAAUUAGAAGAAGCGCAAUGGUUUUACGAAGACUUUGUUCGCGUCGAAAACCCAUCUUUUCCUUCCAUGAGACUAAAGUCAUUUUCUGAGCAUUUAUUUCGCGUCUGUCCCAUUUUAAAUACUUUUAUUUCUAACUCAGACCUUUCUUCAGCGAUUGGAUUAUUUCAGAAUUACAAAAGCAUUAUUCCUGUGAGAGGAGCAAUAAUAUUAAAUAAGAAAAUGACUAAAGUUUUAAUGGUGAAAGGUUGGAAAUCGAAUGCCACAUGGGGGUUUCCCAGGGGUAAAAUCAACAAAGAUGAGCCUGAUGAUGUCUGCGCCAUACGCGAAGUUUUUGAAGAAAUCGGUUUUGACAUUUCUCCUUACCUAGUUCCUGAGGAUUUUAUAGACAUCACAAUUCGUCAAAAGAAUUUCAAACUUUACAUUAUUCGUGGCGUUCCAGGAAAUACAAAAUUUUGCCCUCAAACCCGAAAAGAAAUCAGCAAAAUUGAAUGGCAUGACGUUAAAACACUACCAGCAUUUUCUUCAGAAUCGAAGGUUGAAAACGUCAAUCAAUACUUUUUGGUUGCCCCUUUCAUGCAAGAGCUUGCAAAGUAUAUUGCUCAAAAAAGAGGUCUUCCGUCAAGUAUCUCUCAAUCAGAGGCGGAAGCGCUCAAAAAUUUGCUUGGUGUCACUUCUCCGAAUCAACAAGGUGUUAAUUCUAAUAUUCCUGUUGAUAAAGAUGCUGCUGCUGCAGAACUGUUGAGCAUUCUUAAAUCUACCGACACUAAGACACAAUCAAGUGAUAAGAAUGUAUUGAUGGGGCUUCUUAAAAAUUCAACUGCAAAUACACCUUCUGUUUCAACUCCUCAUGCAGAAAUGGACCAUGCAAAGGAGCUCUUAUCAUUAUUAAAGACAGAAAUGGAUCGUUUGAAAGAAGAGGAUGCUUUACACAAGGCUACACAAAAUCAAAUACCUUACUCAAAUAUUCCCACUGGAGUACCUCCAUAUAUUUCUCCACAAGUACUUCCUCCUCAACCCGGUGCUUAUGUCAACAAUAUGGGAUAUUUUAUGCCUCCCAAUGUUCCAGUUCAAAUGAUGCCUUAUAAUGGAAUGGUUCCCUAUCCACCCCCUAUGUUUGGUAUUCCAGUUCCUGGGCCUCCUCCUCCACCACCCCAGUCCCAGCAAAUGCUGGGUCAACCUCCUAAUGUAUUGGGUUCGCCUAUGAUAGCAAACAGUUUCCCACAACAAACCUCCCAGCCACCUUUGCAAUUAGUUCCUCCUAGCACUUCAUUAACAAGCUCACUUCCAGAAGCUCCUCAUCCUCCGACAAGUGCAACUCUUCUAGCCUUAUUGGCUAAAAACAAGGGCAAAAAGCAUACGCCUAAAUCUCCCACGGCAUCUAUCACCCAAGCUCCUAUAAAGCAGGUGAAUCAUUCUUCAGCAUCUGGAUCAAGUUCUAAGGCACUUCUUUCUUUGCUUCAUAAGCCAAAGAUUGCAGCACCCACACCUCCUGUCCCGCCUGAGUUUCCAGCUCCUCCACCCGUUUUGGACGAAAAUAAAAAUAAAGCAGAUAGUGUUUCGCUCCUUAAUAUAUUGAAGUCGAAGUUACCUGAUUCUGUUCCUGAAAUCGACCCUCAGGAAAUAAUAGAAAAUGGAAACUCAGAAACAGAUGUCAAACCCAAUAGCUCACAAACUCUUUUAAAUAUGCUGAAAGGUACUAGCUCGGAGCCAUUAAAUACCCUGGAGCCUUCGAACAUAUCUUCUUUCCCCACUUUAAGUUCAAUUGAAAGUACUUUGCCUCCUGUUGAGCCUACACCAGCCCCUAGAGACAGCGCCAGUGCAGCAUUGCUUGACCUUAUUCGCCAAAAUGAUAAUACACCAUCACCAAGAGCGGCCACUCCAGUUAACAAUGGAAUAAGCAUUAAAGAUGCUAUUUUUAAGAGUUUCGUACAACAAAAACAACAACCUCAAGCAGCUGCGCAAGCACCUUUACAAGUGGAUACACAAUCAGUUACGGCCUCCCCUCGUGUUAGUGGAUUUUUCACCGUUAGCGAUUUAGAAUCAAACUAUUCACCUGCACCUGCCCAUAGUACACUCUACAAUAAUGAGCCUACGCUAAAUAACAGCGCUCCUACAGAUGUAUCCACAGUUUCGAAUGCUGGGAAAGAUCUACUUAAUUUGAUCCAACAUGGAUCCAGCAAUGCUUCUGUGUCAAACCUACCUACAGCCAUUUCUUCAAAUACCUCUACAAUUUCUGCCGCGCCAUCGGUUUCAGAAAAUCUAUCUUCAGAUUCUUCCAAGUCUGAAUCAUCUCAACAAUUACUUUCCGCUAUCUUUGCAAGUGCUCCUUCUGCUCCCUCUCCUUCGAUUUCUUCUCCAGUUGCUAAUGGAAAUGCAGGUAAUGAGCUACUUUCGCUAUUAAAGAAAGGAUCUGCAACAAAUACCCCACAGCCUGUGUCUCAACCCACUGUCCUUCCUGAGGGUCAAAGUCUUAUUCGUAUGCCUUCCCCUACUCAGGUUAUCACAGGUUUGCCUGAUGCAAAUGUUGCUAUUGAAGCUGCAACUCUUCCUGCAGUCCAACCCAAAGAAGAUAAUGCUAAGUCUCAAAGCAAAGCCCUUCUUGACUUUUUACGGGAGUAUAGCUCUGGGUCACUGAAUACCCGUUAG